CCGUUCGCGGCCACUCGAGGCGGCUGCGGCAGCCAGAACACUAAACCGGGGCGAAAUGGCCAGCAAGCAAGGAAACAAGCAACCCUUAAGCGCCCUCGAGAAGAAGAUGAUGGAAUGUUCGAACCUAUUUGAGCAAAGUCGGGGUUCCAGCUUCGCCAAGCCCCGACUCGGUGGUGCUGCUGGCGCCACAAAGCACAGCUAUGCUCCCGGCUUCAACAUGCCGCGGCCACCACAGCUUGGACUCGCUCCAAACACCACACCGACCACCCAUUUACCCGUCUGGUGCCAGCGUGGUGAUGUGCCUGCCGUUUAUCGGGACCUGGAACAACAGCUGUCGGGUCCCAGUGGCAUCAACAGCACUCUGGUCUGCUCCCUGCUGCUGUCUUCGGGACUGUCUCGAUCCGCUCUGGGCCGGAUCUGGGACAUUUGUAGCCGCACAGUGCCCGGGUCACUGACACAGCCUGAGCUGUAUGCGGCUCUCGCCUUGGUUGCACUUGUGCAGAAGGGCUAUCCACCCGAGCUGGAGCUGCUCUUCCGGUUGCCGCAGCCCCCCGUACCCAUGUUUGCCCACCCCGUGAACAAUGUCUGUGCUGCUCCGGGUGGACCGCUGCCACCUCAGGCAUGGCCCAACCGGUCUUCACCGUCGCCUUCCCCACCAGUUCCUCAGCAGCCUUCGGUAACUUGCUGCCCAACAUUCCAGGCCUCAGGUAGCUUCCUCCUGUCAUCUACCGCAAAUCCUUUACCACCGGCGUCAUCUGCACCCACUGCGACUUAUAUGUCAUCUCCUGCUGCAAAGCCUCUGCCAGUGGCGUCAUCCAUUCCUGCUGCGGCAUUUGUGAGCUCAGCCCCUGCGAUGUUUGCGCCGUCUUUACCUGCAACGUUCGUGUCGUCUGCUCCCGCAACGUUCAUGUCGUCUGUUCCCGCCACAUUCGUGUCGUCAGUUGCUCCGGUGACGACGCUGGCAUCAUCGAUGCCUGUGAUGACAGUUGCAUCGUCAACGUGUCCAGUACCAGUCACGUCAUCUGUUCCGAGGCCAACGAUGGGUCCCCCCACCUCUUCAGUGCCACCGACUGUGUCGUCACACCUGUCGUCGACGUUUGUGUCGGUGACGCCGGGUGUGCCCAAGGGUUCGUUUGCUCCGUGCAGUGUGGUCGGGGCGUCCGGUGAAUGCAGUGGUGCUAUGGGAAAUGGUGGUGUGUUUGCUGGCUCCAUGCCGUUGCUGGUGAACCAUGGCUGCCCGCUGCCUACCGAACCAGUUUCCAAGAUCUCCACACAGCUCACCGGUUCAGGAGAUUUUGAUGAUGACUUUGACGACUUCAAAUCGGCACCAGAACGAAGUCAGUCGCAACACCCGCCGCCCCUCGUGGACGACAAGUUGAGAGUUCCAGCCGACCAGCCACCUCUUAUUCAAUCUGUCUUGCCCAACGAUAAAGGAAGAACGAAUUCCCUUCCGGACUCUCCGCGGUUAGAACCUCCCAAGAUCACUACGACGGUGAACGCACAUAAUUUGCAGUUGUCUCGGCAACGAAACAACAUUUGUGAAAGCCCCAAGAUGCCAAAGACCUUUAACUUUGGCCUCAAAAUCAACUUGAACUCUCUCAUGUCUUCAAGUCCCCUGGAUUCCCAGCCUGCCCCCGCACCGCCUUCGAUCUCUGCGCCUUCGACUAACAGUACGUCGGUGCCGGAGCAAGUAUCGGCGCAGGACGACGAUUUCGCUGAUUUCCAGACAGCAUUUCCCGAAGCUUCCAAGCCAUCUGUGCCCUCUGAGGAUCGGUACAGUGUGUUCAAAGAACUUUGUGAUGAUGGACCGUCAUUGUGGAAUGUUACGGAUGUUCCCGCAAGUAAUGCAAAGGACGCAAAUACAAGUACGGACGUCACGGACUCUGGUUUUCACACAACCGAGACGUGGCACAACCCGCUGCCAGACGAUGACGAUAAGGUGGACGAGGAAGACUUUGGUGACUUCUGCCAUGUCCAAGUGGUCCCUCCGCCAGCGCCCACGACUCCCGAAAAGCGCGCAAACAUGUUCGGUGAUCUCCUGUACAAUACUGGACCCUUUUCAUCACAGUCCAAUGACACCAUCUCUCUAGGUGAUGGACUUUCCGUAAACAGCCUCGAAUUCGGUGCCCGUGAUAGUUCACUGUCCAGCCGGCAUGGAUCAGUGCUCAGCCUGGAUUUUCGGCUAGGCAACAGCGACGACGACGAAUCAGCUUCGGCAAGGACGGGAUGUUCGGAUGAUGCUCGUGCGGCCGCCACUGCUGACAGUCAGGAAGAGGCAUCUCCAUCUGCAACUUCCUCUGACACCACGUCAGACACACAGCCUGAAGGUGCUGUUUCCAUGACGGAGCAACCGGUGCUACUUUUGGACAAGUAUAGUGUGAUUCGAGGCAUGAACCAGGAUGCUCCAGUUGGGGAGGCGGCCUGCAUCGACAGUUGGACACGCUGCGUGGAGAGUGUGUGCGAGCUCAUAACGGAGGCAGAGUCUGUCUUCAACCGGGAGGCCAGCAGCCAGGUGUGCAGGGAGGCAUUGGAGACUGCAGAGGGUGCCAGCUACAUACACAACUUGGCUGAGGUCUACAAGGUGUGCCAGCGCAUAGCCCUAUCAUCACACCUGACGGGCCUGCAGUCUGAAAGCCUGGACAAACUCUGCUGCGAGGUGCGGGAUACUUGGGAGCGACUGGCCUCGUAUCUCGAGAACUCCUGCCUCUUUACUGUGAAGGUACCUCCCGCCGAAGACUCCAAGUGGCUGCCGAGUGCCGAGGAAUCGGCCAAGUCGUGUGGUGUGUGUCUUCUACACGUCGACAAUCCUGACAUUGCAUCUUCCAAACUGUCCUACAGUGGCCGCGAGUACCACUCUCCCUGUGCCAACCUGUGGGUUAACUGUGUCAACUCGCUACUCCCCGCGGUGACUCCGGUGCAACUGCUGUAAUGAGGAAGGCAGGGCACGCUUUGUCAUGCAUACUUGCGUCAUUCCCCCCCCCCCCCCCCCUCCGGCCUCACCCCGACUUUUUGUUUUCCUAGACCCAAGAGUGAACACCGUGUACUUGCAUGGUGCAUUAUCAAUCAAUGAGUCAUCUAAACAACCACGACGUGACCGAGAUUCGGGUGUCACUCCACUGCGAGGGAUGAAAACAGGUUGAAUGUUGCCAUGCCGUGACUAUUUUGAAAGACUGAGCGAACGUUGUUUCGAAGGUGUAGAUAAUGCUAUGUGUGGUGGUGUCGCAGAAGCAGAUUGUGUUGUGUGCCGUUGUCGACUGUUUCAAAGCCAUUCCAUGAGUGAAAGCAUCUUUCGCGUGGCCCUGUUGUUGAUCCUGUGGAGUUUCUGUAACACAUCUGAUACACUGAAGUUCUGAAGAUCGAGCAGUACCCUUCGUUAUUUCUGAGACUUAUAGCGAGAAAAGUUCUGAUUGCCGACAGACUUCUGGCCGUGUCGUCAUCGUUGUGAAAGUGCAGCGUGAAAUGCCGGACCAUCUGGGGCCCGGGGUACUCGUGCUGUGGCUUUGAAACUUUUCACAAAAACUGUAUGCAAUGUGGAAAAUCAAGUGCAGCGUUUACACCACUAAUUGUUUUGAGAGCGUGCCUAUGAGCAUGAUUGAAGCAUGGCGAAUAUAGUAAGAAUGUGAGGUCAGCAAGGGCUUGCAUCGAAGUGCUGUAGAUAACUUGCUAGCUUGCAUCGACUGCAACGUGUGCAUAAUGUCGCGCAUUUAGGCAAGUGCAAAAAAAAAUGCAUUGAUGUACUAAAGAUCGAGAAAAGUCCGUGAUCUUCGACGCAAUGGAGGCAUCACUUUGGUGUUUCAGCUAAACCAGGGCGAGAUGUACUAUUUUAUUUCGAGAACAUUUAAGUUGUGAGAGUAUCAGGGAACAAAGUUUAUUUUCAACAUUGUGCUUUUGAUUUGUGGUUUUGCAUUUGGCUUACAUUUGGCCUGCUGCGUUAGGGCAAUGUAAAGUUCUGGCAGAAAUGUGCCAUCUUGGCUCGUCGUGCCAGAACGUUGUGAGAACCGGUGUUCGUGAACGAUUGAGGCGGCCUGCUCUCUUUAUUGUUCUCUAACUGUGACUUAGCAUUAAAAAAGAUUGCAGCGUGUUGCCUUAGUGCAUUUAUUUUUACACUUAACACUUUUAGCAUAGCUUAUAUAAAACAGUUAAUAGCAUAUUUAUUUACCCCCUUUUGCUAACCUUGCCAGUUUUGGAGGAAGCAUUUCAAACUGUUGUUUUAUACUAUAUGUUAUGUUCCCUUUGCAUUAUGUUGACUAUGUUGACAUGACCCUUUAUGUGCCUCGUAUGAGACAUUCAAGCCAUGUAAAGUGACUGUACCUUUUUGUUCACGUGCACAAAACAUUUAAGGGUGGAUCCUUAGUAGGUGUUUAUGAAUUCUAGCAAUGUGUGCAUUACUGCUUUUAAUUGUGCACUGUAUAGGCAGUUGUGUAGAGUCACAUGGCUACGAAAUGUGAUCUGUUAAUACUGUGUACAUAAAUAAACCUUUU